AUAUAUAGACCAACAUUUUUUUCAACAUUGCAUCAACUAAGUUUCAAACUCAAAGUUUCAAAGUAAAAAAAAUUCAAAUAUCAAAAUGGGUGUUUCCCUUUUUUCAUCAAUUAUCCAAGUGUUAUUUUUGUCAUUGAUUAAUUUUGGCAUAUUUGAGGUUGCAUUGGCUAGCACUACAAGACACUACCAUUUUGAUAUAAGAUAUGAAAAUGUGACAAGAUUGUGUCACACAAAGAGCAUUGUGACAGUGAAUGGCCAGUUUCCGGGGCCUCGCAUUGUCGCUAGAGAAGGCGAUCGUCUUAUCAUCAAAGUUGUUAACCAUGUGCAGAACAACAUCUCUAUUCAUUGGCAUGGAAUUAGACAACUUCAAUCAGGAUGGGCAGAUGGACCAGCAUAUAUCACUCAAUGCCCUAUUCAAACAGGUCAAAGCUAUGUUUACAAUUACACAAUUAUAGGCCAAAGAGGCACACUCUUUUAUCAUGCUCACAUUUCUUGGUUAAGAUCAACACUCUAUGGUUCUCUCAUCAUUCUUCCCAAGAAAAAUGUUCAAUAUCCAUUUGAAAAACCUCACAAGGAAGUUCCUAUCAUAUUUGGUGAAUGGUUUAAUGCUGAUCCUGAGGCAAUCAUUGCACAAGCCCUACAAACUGGUGGAGGACCAAAUGUUUCUGAUGCUUAUACAAUUAAUGGACUUCCAGGACCAUUAUAUAAUUGUUCUGCUAAAGAUACAUUCAAACUGAAAGUAAAGCCAGGAAAGACAUAUCUUCUACGUUUGAUCAAUGCUGCACUCAAUGAUGAAUUAUUCUUCAGCAUUGCAAAUCACACUCUAACAGUUGUUGAAGCAGAUGCAAUUUAUGUUAAACCUUUCAUCACAAACACAAUCCUCAUUGCACCUGGCCAAACAACAAAUGUUCUUCUCAAAACAAAACCACAUUAUCCAAAUGCAACAUUCUUAAUGUUAGCUAGACCAUAUGCUACUGGUCAAGGAACUUUUGAUAACACAACAGUUGCUGGAAUCAUAGAAUAUGAAAUUCCAUUUCAUAAUCAUAAUUCAGCUUUUUCAAGAAAGCUACCAAUUUUUAAACCAACUCUUCCUCAACUUAAUGAUACUUCUUUUGCUACAAAUUUUAGCAACAAACUUCACAGUUUAGCAAAUGCUCAAUUUCCAGCUAAUGUUCCACAAAAAGUUGAUAAGCACUUUUUCUUCACAGUAAGUUUAGGUACUAAUCCUUGUCAAAAUAAUCAAACUUGUCAAGGACCUAGUAAUGCAACAAUGUUUGCGGCAUCGGUUAACAAUGUUUCUUUCAUAAUGCCAACCACAGCAUUACUUCAAACUCAUUUUUUUGGACAAAACAAUGGUGUUUACACUACUGAUUUUCCAAGUAGUCCUUUGAAUCCAUUCAAUUAUACGGGCACGCCGCCGAAUAAUACUUUGGUUGGGAAUGGUACAAAGGUUGUGGUAAUUCCUUUUAAUACAAGUGUGGAGCUUGUGUUGCAAGAUACUAGUAUUCUUGGUGUUGAAAGUCAUCCUCUUCAUUUGCAUGGUUUUAACUUCUUUGUUGUUGGACAAGGUUUUGGUAACUUUGAUUCAAAUAAGGAUCCACAAAAGUUUAAUCUUGUUGAUCCUGUUGAAAGGAAUACAAUUGGUGUUCCAUCUGGUGGUUGGGUUGCCAUCAGAUUCCUAGCAGAUAAUCCAGGGGUAUGGUUUAUGCAUUGUCACUUGGAAGUCCACACAAGUUGGGGUCUUAAGAUGGCAUGGAUUGUUUUGGAUGGAAAGCUACCAAAUCAGAAAGUGCUUCCACCUCCAGCUGAUCUUCCCAUGUGUUAACUUCAAUUUCAUUUACAUUUUAGCUUUAAUUUGUUUCAACAUUUUCUCCCUUUUUGUAAUCCGUCGUUGAAAUGUUGUUUUUCACUAGUUACUUUAUUUUUAAAUUUGGGAGUUAAGGCUACUUGAGGAAAAGGAUGAACCUCUCUUCUUUUUUUUUUGGAUGGUGAAUUUAUUUAAAAUGAUGUCUUCUUGACAUUGAAAUUGUAAUUCAUUUAUUUGAGUCAAUUUUGUUAUUGAAAUUUUAUCAUUAUUGUUAUA